AUGGAGGAAAUGCCAACAGGGUUUCGGUUUUACCCUACAGAAGAAGAGUUGGUUUCCUUUUAUCUACGCAACAAGCUUGAAGAGACCCGACGAGACAUAAAUUGCGUUAUACCCCUCAUCAACGUUUACCAGCUCGAGCCAUGGCACCUACCAAAACAUUCAGGGGAGGUGUGCCGUGGAGACAGUGAGCAAUGGUUUUUCUUUGUCCCAAGUCAGGAAAGAGAAGUACGAGGAGGGAGGCCGAGUCGGACCACGGCCUUGGGAUACUGGAAGGCCACUGGUUCACCGAGUUAUGUUUAUUCAUCCGAUAGUAAAGUGAUUGGAGUUAAGAAAAGCAUGGUGUAUUACACAGGGAAAGCUCCCACUGGAAGAAAAACAAAAUGGAAAAUGAACGAGUAUAGAGCCAUUAAGGAAGAUUUCCCUACUUCUAUUCCCAAGUUGAGGCAUGAAUUGAGCCUAUGUCGACUUUACGUGGUGUCGGGAAGUUCUCGAGCAUUCGAUCGACGCCCGACCGGGCUGGUGCCGCCACCAAGGGAGAUGAUGAUCAAUCAAGAAAAUGAAAGUCGAGGUGGUGCAACUUCUGAAUGUGCAAGAAUAUUCUGGGCAUCGGAAAGUUCAAUAUCUGGAGAAAGCCAUGCAGGAGGCUCCAAUGGUUUAGAAAAUCUAGUUGAGUGGGCCAAAGUGUAG